AUGUCUGCUGAGGCGUCAGUCGGCAGUCAUGCUGCAAACUCUGCCGAGUCUGCUGAUUCCCAACCUGUUUUCCAAAGCACUGUUGAAGACAGACAUCGCGGUCUGUUGGGAAGCAAAUAUGUCAAGUUAAAUGUGGGUGGUUCGCUGCAUUAUACAACCGUCCAGACAUUGACCAAGGAGGAAAGUCUACUGGAGAGCAUUUGCAAUGGAGGAACCGAAGUAAACAUAGAUUCAGAUGGUUGGGUGAUUUUAGACCGAAGUGGUCGGCAUUUUGGGCUCGUUUUGAACUUCUUGCGAGAUGGCUCAGUACCGCUCCCUGAGGACCACAGGGAACUUGAUGAGAUCCUGAAAGAGGCCCAGUACUACAGGGUCCAGGGUCUUAUCCAACACUGCAUCACUGCGAUGCAGAAACAAAAGGACAUAUUUGAAAGUGUCUGUCGCAUCCCAAUGAUCACAUCAGCCAAAGAAGAGCAGAAGAUGAUUGCAACCUGCAGAAAGCCAGUUGUAAAGUUGCAGAACAACAGGGGAAAUAACAAGUACUCAUAUACCAGCAAUUCAGACGACAACCUGCUGAAAAACAUCGAACUAUUUGACAAACUUGUGCUUCGCUUCAAUGGCCGGGUGCUGUUCGUCAAAGACGUGCUGGGUGACGAGAUUUGUUGCUGGUCUUUUUAUGGCGAAGGUCGUAAGAUCGCCGAAGUAUGCUGCACGUCCAUCGUCUACGCCACAGAAAAGAAGCAGACCAAAGUUGAAUUUCCAGAGGCUCGAAUUUUUGAAGAAACCCUCAAUAUCCUCAUUUAUGAGAAUGGCAGAAGAUCCGGUCCGGGAGGCUUACACCUAUUAGAUUCUAGAGGGUCAGGUUCUUCAGUGGGCACCGGGCAGUCAGAAGAAGAGGGCGCAGUGGGUGACAGGCGAGUGAGGCGAAUUCACGUCAGGAGGCACAUAAUGCAUGACGAAAGAGGGCACGGCCAACAAACUGUAUACAAGGAUUAA